AUGGCGUGUCAGGAAGACUUUGGACCAGGAUUCCUGUGUACAGCGGCAAUGAUGAACGUCUCCGAGUCGUCUCGGGCUGGUUCUCCAGACGCCGGCUGGACCUGCAGCAAAGCUCCUGAAGUGGCCAGCGUCAGAGUUCAGCUGGAGAUGCAGAGCCUGUGGCAGCAGUUUGACCAGCUCGGCACUGAGAUGAUUGUGACAAAAGCUGGAAGAAGGAUGUUUCCUACAUUUCAAGUACACAUUUCAGGCAUGGACCCUGCUGCAGAAUAUGUUCUCCUGUUGGACUUUAUUCCUGUCGAUGACAAACGAUACAGGUAUCAGAUCAGAAAAAAGGGUUCUGAACAUUUUUAA